AUGUCGUUUCUAAAUACAAUUAGAGGUCUAGGAAGAAGCUCAAAGAAAGGGAAAAAGGACUUGGAGCCUACAAACUCGCCGCCCUUUUACGGCAACCAGGAGGGACCCAACUCGACGCUAAAGAGACAAUCAAGCACCAAGUAUUCCCCAUCAAAGCAUGCAUCCGCCUCUCCAGCACGAGGAGGAGGAAAUGGCGGUGGAGAUAACGGCAGCACACGAAGCAUACCUACCAUAAGAAGCUCCCAGCAGAGCAACAUAUCGCCCACGAAACGCAGCAGAAACGCCCCGCAUCAGUCGCUGCGGCUGGAGAGGAAACAGCUGCCCCAGAGAACGGUGCAACGAGUCAGAUCGCCACCUCAGCAGAGCGAAACUCCCUUGUUUUUAUGCGAACCCUACGUGAGGACGGCGUUGGUGAAAGGUGCAUUCAAGACCAUUGUGCAGCUUCCCGCGUUUGUCGACCUGAAUGAAUGGUUAGCGCUCAACAUUUUUGAGUUUUUCACCAACCUCGAUGCCUUUUACGGCUUGAUUGCCGAUUUCGUGACCCCCGAGCUGUUCCCCACUAUGAAUGCCGGUCCAACGACAAACUACUUGUGGGUCGAUGAUCUGGGCCAGGCGAUCAAUUUGCCUGCGAGACAAUACAUCGAAUACGUGAUAACUUGGAUCUCGAGCAAAGUCAACAACCAAGAGAAUUUCCCUACAAAAACGGGUGCUGUCUUCCCACCGUUUUUCAUUAAGGAUGUAAGAAACAUCCUGCGUCAGAUGUUUAGAAUCUUUGCUUUCAUUUACUAUAACCAGUUUGACAAGAUUGUGCAUUUGAGUCUCGAAGCCCAUUUCAAUUCGUUUUUCGGGCAUUUUAUUUCGUUUAUUAAGGAGUUCAACUUGUUGGAUAAGAAGGAGUGGGAGCCUUUGAUGCCGCUUAUUGAGAGCUUUGAAAUGCAGGGCAAGAUUGAUUAG